AGCGAGAGACCGAACAAGUUAGCAACAAAUAAACCUAUAAAAAAAUUUAAAAAAAAGGGCGUAGGAUGUUCGCUUGGAAAUAUCCGGUGACGUCUGGAACUCCUCUCGUGCUGGGGAGACCCUAACCGGCGCCUGAUGUCCGCCGAGGCCAGUCCAGUACUCGGAGCGCCGCGGACUGGACUCUGGACUCUCGGACCCGCGGGAGACUUGAGCACGAGGCGGUUCCGAACGCUGACUAGAGAAAAAGGACCCCCCCUUCCCUCCACAACGCAAGAGGACCCCUUACCCCCCCCACAACGGAAGACCCCCCUACCCCCCUAUAAAGGAAGAGGACACCCCCUCCCUCUCCCAACCACGGCCUUAACUCCCCUCCCCCCCCCAACCCGCAUAGGCAGCCGGGGUCAAUAAUCAUCUGAAGCUCGACAAUCCAGCUGCCGUUAACGAAGCGAGAAGGCACGGCAUGUAGGCCUGAAGAGAGAGUGAAGAGAGGAGAUAGAGAGAAAGGAAGAAAGGAAGGAAGAAGAUAAGGGAGAGAGGGAGAGGAAGAAGAGAAGAGAAGCGGAAGGGAAAAAGGGGAAGAGAAGUAGAAGAGAAGAGACAAGAAGAGAAGGGAAGAGACGAGAGGAGAAGUGAAGAAAAAGAAAAAGAAAAAAAAGAAGGAAAAAAUAUUAAAAUCAAGCCAACUGACGCUGACAGAAUACCGGUCCCUCCCUACCACCACCCCCACCCCAAUACCGGUGAUCCCACGAAGCGGUACCGGGAGCAAGAGAAAGAGAUAGAGAAAGAGAGAGACAGAAAGAAAAAGAGAGAAAGAGAGAGACAGAGAGAAAAGAGAGAAAGAGAGAGAAAGAGAGAAAAGAGAGAAAAAGAGAGAGACAGAAAGAAAAAGAGAGAAAGAGAGAGACAGAGAGAAAAAGAGAGAAAGAGAUAGACAGAGAGAAAAAAGAGAGAGACAGAGAGAAAGAGAGACAGAGAAAGAGAGAGACAGAGAAAGAGAGAGACAGAGAAAGAGAGAGACAGAGAGAAAUGCCAAGAGCUGGGAGCUUUUCGAACGGCGCCGUAGAGCUCGGACUUUCCCCGUGACGUAUUAAUGCCCUUUGCCCUCCUUCCCUCGACGCCCUCCGGUCUCCUUCGUCAGUAUGACUGUCACUUACACGAGCAAGGUAGCCUCAUGCAAGGGCUUUGGAUGCUUCUGGAAGCUUCUCCUGCGAUGGAAAGGCAGCAUCUACAAGCUGGUCUGGCCCGAGCUUCUAUUCUACACCUCCCUAUAUUACACCUGCAGCGCCACCUAUAGAUUUGUGCUUGAUGAGAAUCAGAGGAGGACGUUCGAGAAGGUUUCCAUCUACUGCGAGUCCUUCAUAGACCUGAUCCCGGUGUCCUUCGUCCUCGGCUUCUACGUGAGCAUCGUCGUCCAGCGGUGGUGGGACCAGUACAUGUCCCUCCCUUGGCCGGACUCCCUGGCUCUCUUCGUCUCCACGUCCAUCCAUGGCCAGGACCAUCGCAGUAAGCUAAUGAGAAGAACAAUCUUACGGUAUUCUAACCUUGCCAUGCUCAUCACGUUCAUAAUGAUCUCUCCAGGCGUUAAGAAGAGAUUUCCAACCCCAGAACAUUUGAUUGAAGCUGGUUUCAUGACAUCAAAUGAAAAAAAGAUUUUUGAUGAUUUAGAUGCAAAGACAUCGCACCCCAAGUACUGGAUGCCCCUUGUGUGGGCUGGCAGCAUUGUCUCGCGUGCCAGGAAGGAAGGCAGAAUCCGUGAUGACUUUGCGGUUAAGACAAUCAUCGAUGAAAUCAAUAGGUUUAGAGGACUGUGUGGUGGUCUCCUCAGCUAUGAUUGGAUCAGCAUACCACUUGUUUACACGCAGGUCGUCACCCUUGCUGUCUAUACAUUCUUCCUUGGAACCAUCAUGGGUAGACAAUUUCUCGAUCCAGCACAGAAGAUCCCCAAUCACACAUUAGACUUCUACGUACCUAUUUUUACACUGCUGCAGUUUUUCUUCUACAUGGGCUGGCUCAAAGUCGCAGAAUCACUCGUCAAUCCAUUUGGAGAAGAUGACGAUGAUUUUGAAGUCAAUUGGCUCGUGGACAGGAAUCUGCAGGUAUCAUACCUCAUUGUGGAUGAAAUGCACAGUGAGCAUCCAGAACUAAUCCAAGACAUGUACUGGGAUGAAAUCUUCCCACAAGAAUUACCUUACACGGUUGCAGCUGAACAGUUCCGCAGAGAGCCUCCGCAAGGUUCCACUGCGCAUAUUGAAGUGCCGGAACCCGAUCAGGAAUUUUUACCUCUCUUGGAAGAGAUGGAUGAUGAGGAAGAUUUGCAAGAAGAGAGAGUGGGAGAUGUUAAGGUUGACAUGAAGAAUGGCACACAAGCUAUAGAUAUCAUGAAGAAAACUGGAAGUAUAGGUUCUUCCAUCUCUCGCAUGUCAUCUCAGACCAUAGCAUCUCGUAAACCAUCUAUGCUGUCCAUGUUGAUGCAGAAAGUGAAAUCUGGGAGUCACGAAAAUAUGAGAAGAAGGAGCAGCAAACCGCUUGGAAGCACAACUUCAAUGCGGCACAUGCGAAAGCAGCGAGGCCUGAUGAGGUCUGCGUCCAGGAUGUCUUCUUCGUCUCAGGUCUGCCAGAGUCCUGAGUCGGUUGCCAGAAAUCCGACGAUAUUAACCCAGGACAGCGCCAUCUUCCGCAUGUCUGAUUUGUCCCUCAACGCUGGCCACAGGGAUGAUGCUCCAAGUCCACGGGUGAAGGGAAGACACCCAUCGUGUGAGGAUGAUGAACCAAUUCUUAUAAAAAUUAAGAGAAGAGAUAAUACCGGCCGAGUAAUAUCACCAACAUCAGACGAAUAUGAUGUUUUGAGUGAGUCGAGCCGGACACAUUUACUACCAAACAGGCAGAGAAAGGAGAGUGAAAGAUUUAGUGAGAGUAUUGGUGAUGAGAUUUCCGACGAAGCAGACUUCGAAAUAUCGACAAAGGGAGAGAGCCAGGGAAGUAAUGCUUCUAUCAGAACAUCAAUAUUCCAAGGAGAUGGAGAUGAAGAUGAUAUCAGCAUGGAGGAAAGAUCAGCGUCCAUGAUCCGAAAGAGACGGCGAGGUCUGAACUUCAAAGGAGCCCUGACAAAGAUCCUUAGCCCAACCCCAUCCAUCCAUGGUGACAAUGGCAGCACUGCAUCUUUGAGAAGCUUCAGUGGCAGCAAGAGCCCUGUGUCUGGUACACCCCCGUACAGCAAGUUUACGUAUCCAAAAUACGAAAACCAAGAUUCCAGAUCAGUCAGUGCUAGUGAACCUGUUUCCCCAGCUCACAAGUCCCCUGUACAGCAGUGCAGAGAGUCCAGAAGCCUUGCUGCCUUGGUUCAUCAGCAAAAUGUUCCUGGGCAGAGUGUCAGAUCUCCUCCCCAGCAAAUAUUCUCACCCGUUAGUAAGAUACACAUAAGUGAAUCACCUGUGGAUCAAGGCCUGUCUCAUCCUUUUAGUGGAGACUUUGCAAUGUCUUCAGAGGAACUGAGUCCUCACAAGCCUGCUGCGGAGGAACCAGGGGGAACCUUCAUGUUUCACGAACCAGAUGGGGCUCAUAAAGCAGCCACUGCAGAAGAAGACUUGCAUGCAGUAGCUGAUGAUAUAAUAAAGACUAUACCAGAAAGACACUAUGAGCCAAUGACAGUAGGACAUUUAGAGCCUAUUGCUGAGAAAGUGUCAGAAGGGCAUCUAGAAUCCAUUGCUGAGAAAGUACCAGAGAGGCACUUUGAAUCUAUGACAGGAGGACACUUAGAACCCAUUGCAGAAAAACCUUUCGAAAAUAUGUCCACAGUUAGCUUAGAACCAAUUGCAGAAGAAAAGCCAAAAUCAGAACUUGAGAUGUCACGUGAGACAGAGAACUCUGAACCGAAAGAUAAAUUAGGAGAAUGGGUAUGACAGUAACUCAUGUUGGUAACUGAUAAGACUUUAUGAGUCAUAUACAAAACAUAUUUCAAGCAUUAAUCCGUAUCCUCACUAAUUCACUUAUUAAGAGUUUUGCAUUGUAGCUUCUUGCCAUUUAUUGCAUGUCAUUUUGAGUUCUUUUGAUGACUGGAAUAACAAUCAUACAAUAUUCAUUUCUGAAAUCUAAGAGCUCACAAUUCUGUGAUAUACACUUAAAUUAUGACAUUAUAACAUCAUAGUUCUUCACUUCAAACCUCUCAUGUCACUUCAGCCAAUGGCAGAAUGAACAGUUUCAUUCAGAGCAUGCCCUUGCUUUCAGUAUUAGAAGCCUUACAAUAUUAUACAUAAAAACAGCUCUUGCUUACUUCAUGGAAUAUAUUUAACCAUGGUUUAUAAAUAUACAUGCUUCAUCAAUCACAUUUGGCUGUGAUGAACCAGUAUCUCUCUGGUGUGCACACUCACCCCCUCCCUCCAUUUCUCUCUCUCUGAUAUUGUAACUCUGUGGCAAACCAGUAAGAUAUUAAAUGUAGAGAGAAUGAUUUGGAAAGAAUUUAACUAAAUGUCAUGAAUCCUGUUCCUCAUGUUUAAGGUAUCCUUCACUUGUAAGAUCAAGUGCAUUGAGAUUGACCUUAGCUACAUAAUGAAUCCAAGAAAAUGUCACCACAUUUUUAUCACUCACCCUCACAAACUAUAUAUAUUGUCAAACAAACUAAUAAAGUUUCUUCCUUCUUUGUUCAUAUGCACAGACUAUUUUGAGAAUGUUCAUGGCAGUAACUCUUGGUAUGAUCACAUAAUUCAUUAAUAACCACUUUAUGCGUAGUUAUAUAGAUAGUCAUUGCUAUGCCAUUGAACAACUUCUUUGGCUCAGUCAGGCUGAUAAAUAGCUGCACAACCUUGUGUUAUUCUAGAACUGGCCAUGCCUCAACUAAACCUAAUGUAAACCUUAUAUAUCUCAAAAUCAUAUGCAGCAUUUCCUAAUCCAGCACAUAACUUUUUGCUGAGGCCAAAUCUGUUCUUUACCAAACAAAUCAAAGUUGUCCUGAUGUCUAGUGUGUACUAUACUGCUAAAGGCAAAACAGAUAUGCUGUAUGUGCAGCCUAGGAUUAACCAAACCCAACCUUAUCUGAAGAGUUCCUAAGUAAUCUAAACCCUAAUCUAUGUCUCUGCUAGUGCAGAUGACUGUAAUUACAAAUCAUUGGUGGAAUGCUGGCCUGAUAUAUUUAGUUCAUAACAAUACCCUGUUAAGAGCAAUUUCAUCAUUACUGUGAAGAUGGGUAAUGAUUGACAUAUAUAUAAAAAUGCUGGGAAUGCUGGAAAUUGAUUCAUUUGGUUGCAAAACAACCUACAUUUAUUUAAGAACAAUGGCUCUUUACAUGCAAGACAUUAUCAAAUUGAAUAAAAGUGAGCUGCAAAAUUAUCCCAGCAGAUCAGAGUAUUUGAUAUGUUUACAAUGCUUUACUAGUUAAGGAUAUGUAAGGUGACUUUGUUACAAACUACAAUGCUUUUUUUUUUGCAUAUACUUUGUAUUUGUUGAAAGUCUAAUAAGUACUUGUAAAUAAUAUCUUGUAAGAUAUAUUCUGUAAAAAUGGUAAAUAAUUUUGAGCUGAAUUAAUGUCACUUGUCUGCAAUAAUGAAUAUUAAUGUAAAGUCUACAAACCUGCCGGUAAGUUCAUCGUCAAGUAAAUUCUGCUUUUGUGCCACAUUACUGCUGAAUAUUUUUUCUGGUCAUGAUGCAAUUUUAAUGAUGAUUAAAUCCUAUCAGAAGAUUUGAUGUCCAAAAUUUCUAAUUUUUUAUUCUUUUUCUGACAAAAAUUACAUAAAUUUGGACACUUAUAUAUUGUGUAUAUAUUGGUUUAGAUUACAGGUCAUAUUGUAGCUUAUGAUACACAGGUAAUACAUUUCAAAAGUGAUAGAAAUGAUAGUAAUAUUUUAGGUAGGAAAUGCUUAAUGUUUACAAAAAUCAGGAUUAAUAUAGACAGUUGCAAUAUUUCUUUAGCUUUUAGAAGAUGGUGCAAAGUACUUAUUAUAAAAUAGUGUUAGAGUAUCAAAGUACUUAUCCCCCUUUUAGUUUACUCAUGCAGUAGUGUAUUUAUUAUUGUUUGAAGAUUUAUUACAGUCGUUGGCUAUGUGAUAUGUUUUUCAAUGAAUAGUUGAAGAUCUGUUAAUUAUCAUUUUGGUAUACAGUUUUUUUUUUAAAUUUUAACUUUUUAAAGAAACUGUUUUAAAUCUCAUUCUUUUGUCCAAGUGCCUCAUCAAGACAUGAAAGUGUGCACAAGUAUAGGUAAAACAGGAACUUUUAUUUUAGUACAUACCAAUUUAGGUAUUAGUUUAGCACCAUUGGAAUUACCAGUUAUUAUUCUAGCAGUAUUGAAAUGCUCAAAUAAUUAAGGAAAUAAUCUAAAAGGAUAUGUCAUAAUUGUGUGAUAUAUAUAUAUAGAAACUGAUUCAAGUUAUUUCUUAUCAGUGGUUCUUCACCAACUUUGAAAUGAUUUAACCCACAUUUCUCAGGCAAGAGUUAUCUUUUUUUUGUGCUUUGCAAUUUCUUUAGCCACGUCUAUACUCCUUAAAUAUUGCAGUUCAUUAGAUAAUGGUAAUACUGUCCAGUAUUUGUAAAAAAAGGAAGCAGUUUGUACAAUAAGACAGGAUGACUAGAUAGCUAGGUAAGUUUUUCUUAGUUCUGAUUUUGUUAACAGAAGUUUAGGGAGUAUUAACCUACUUAAGCAUAAGCCUUUUUUUUCUCUUUUUUUUUUCAGUGUAUUGUAUACAAGUUUUUUUUUUGCAGUGUGUAAAAUGGGAGAAUACUAUGAUAGAACACGUAUAUAAAUUACAAAUGAGCUAGUUUGAGGUUCUAAGAAGGGAGUAUUAUUAUUAUUUUGUUUAUAUCUGUAUAUUUUAGUGUUUCCAUUACAUCUUCUCAUUUCACUAAUGCUGUUAAUUUAGAUACCAUUUUAAGAUACACUCUCAUGUUGCAUUUCUUUUUAUACUGUAUCAAGCUGAAGUGAGUAUUGGUGAUAUUAAAGCUUAGAUACUUCCCAUUAUCAUGUUCAUCAUUCAUAUAUUUAAAAUACUUUUUAUGUAAAAUGUCUAGAUUUAACAGAACUGUAUUGUCAUCUCCACAAACCAGUAUAAAUUUUUUGGUAAAACAUCAACACAGAAUUAACACAUCAUUAACCAUGUCAUCCCAUGCAUGUUUUUAUCUUUUAUACUAUAUGUUUACAAAUGAUGCUAAUAGCCUUGUAAAUCAAGAAUUCUAAUAUAAAGAGAAGAAUUCCUGACACUAUCAUCUCAAUAAUUUGAUGGCAUUAAUCAUAUGAACAAAGUAGAUUCACACACUCAGGUGCACACACACUCACUCAUACAUGCACAUUCACUCCCACACACAUGCACACUCACUCACACAUGCACACUCACACACACACACACACACACACACACACACACACACACACACACACACACACACACACACACACACACACACACACACACACACACACACACAAAUGCACCCUAUUUAUUUUCUACACCAUCUCAUCAAUCAUAUGCCAAUGUAAAUAUAACGCUGUGAUUCAGUAAUUUAGGGAAACUCACAAAACGUAAAUCCAAUCAGGGAAACGCAAAAGUUCUCCUGAGUGAGAUGCACAAGAAGUCCAUCCUAAGGCCACUUGCUUUUGCUCUGUAAUCACCUUCCAUUCCUUCUAUUUAUUAUACUGUAAUUAUCUUAGGAACAACGGUAGAGAAUGCGAAAACGAGUGGCUGUUUUAUCUUCCCGCCUAAACCUGAUGCCGUGAAAUGCCGUUCGGUAAAAGAGAGUCUUUCGUGUUUUCGUCGUGGUGCUAUUGGUGAAGGAGUGUGGAAAUUAUGACGUGAUAUUAAAGGAAUAACGAGGUCUUAUGAUGUGCAUAAUUGAAGGAUGAAAUGAUUUGAUUUGGACUUUUAUUUUGUAAAAACUAAAGUAUUUUUAUUAUAACUGCAGUAUAUAAUUUAAAACGCUAUGUAAAUGCACAUGAAAAUUAACCCAAGCAUGUAUGUAUAAUUCUAAUUGUUGUCAUUCUAUAAAUAUGUUACGUAUAUACAUAGUGGUAUUCCUUCAACUUUGAAUUUCCCGAUAAUUUUUUUUGAGGAUGUCACCUUCUCUUCUAAGUGACAAAUGACGGUAAAUUGUCAAUCAGUAUUACUUUUGUCGUCAUGCUACAUGUUAUUUCACAUUGUUGUACAUUUCUUAAGACAGCGGAAUUUUCAGAUUCUUGCUAGUAACUUUACAUGUAUUGCUUUCUCUGCAACAAUGGAUUUUGUUAUGAAGGAUGAAAGAUAUUUUGAAAAAGUGGUUAAACCUUUAUAUAAUGGUUAGGAUGGUCUAUUUUAAUGACUAUAAAUCUGUGUUAAACAAAAGCUAGACCGCUCUUUAUUUCUUUACAAAAAGAAAGUGAUUGUAGUCUCCUAUUUUUGCUGAAAAUCAUUCUUGGAAAUAGUUCAUGUAAAAAGGUAUAUACAGUAUAUAUAAAUAAAUGCAACUACAUCCUGUA